AUCAUCUUGUCACUAUCAUAAUAAUUAUAAUUUUGUUACAUUACAUUAUCUGUAGCACAUAAUCAUAUUAACAUGUUUUGAAUGAUGCAUGUGUUUCAUCUUAGAUUUCAAUUAGAGCUGGUGAUGCUGUUUAUUUAAUAAUGAUGACGAUGAUGAUGAUGAUAAUUAUAAUUAAAAAUAUUGGUUUAGCAGCCUAAUCAUGUUUCUCCCGUCAGAUGCCUGUGAACUCACACUGGACCCCAACACGGCCCACAGACGACUCUCUCUGUCUGAGGACAGCAGGAAGGUGACGCGGGUUGAAGAGGACCAGUCGUAUCCGGAUCACCCAGAGAGGUUUGAGACCUGGCACCAGGUGUUGUGUAGAGAGGGUCUGCCUGGCCGCUGCUACUGGGAGGUAGAGUGGGGAGGACGGGUUCAUAUAGGAGUGGCAUACAGAGGAAUGACAAGGAGUGGAGGGGCUAAUGACAGCAUGCUUGGAUUGAACAACAAGUCCUGGAGUCUUGUUUGUGAUGACGACGUCAUCACAAAUGCUGCUGUCUACAUUGUCCGUCACAACGGUAGUUCAACAGAUAUACGUCCCCCCCCUCACUCUAACAGAGUAGGAGUGUAUCUGGACCGGCCUGCUGGCUCUCUGUCCUUCUACAGAGUGUCCCCAGGAGGAGGAGGGUCCUCAGACACACUGACACUCCUCCACACCUUCCAGGCCACCUUCACCCAGGAGGUCCUCCUCCCUGGGUUUAUGUUACGUAAGAGUGGUUCCUCAGUGUCUCUGUGAGUGUCCAUUGUAGAUACACAAACACACACACAGACCCAUGGAAAAGCACACACAUGUAGACAGUCAUAAACACACCCAAACCAACAAACAUAUGUACAUAGAAAUUAACACACACACACGUACACACAAACAAACACAUCGUUCAUGACUCUAUAAACACACACACAUACACACAAACAAACAUAUCGCACUCUAUAAACACACACACACAAACGUAUACAGACUUAAUCUCACACACACACGCACGCACGCACGCACGCACGCACACACGCACGCACGCACGCACGCACGCACGCACGCACGCACGCACGCGCACGUACACGUACACAGACUUAUUUACACAGACAUGCACUCACACACACACACAUUCAUGGAUCUAAACCCACAGCAGGUCUGUGUUCCGGGGGUAAGCAGCAGGUAACAUCAGUGUCUCUCGUGGUUCAUCUCUCAGCCCUCUCUGUGUUCAGCUGGGCUGCUGAGCGUCAGAUUAGAGGGGGCCGCUUGGGUCUGGGGGGUCCUCACAGUCCUGACGUUGUUGAGGACCAGCUGUUAGGGGGACGUUUGAAUACCUGUGGACCCAUGGACGUACCUGUAGUGCAUCGGGUUGUUGAGCAGCAGCUGUUGGUGCUCUGAGGGGUCAUCCCGUUCAGUGGAAGUACAACACUUUGUGAUUGAUUUAAAUGCUCCACUGAACUCCAAAUGCUGCAUUUUAUUGGGCUUCUGAAAGGUUCAGUAUAAACCAUGAAAGAAAAAUCUUCCUUUGGGUUAAGCAGGUUGAACAAAGAUUUACUUUCUGAUGUAAAAUGUGUUUUAAUUGUUGAUUGAUGGUACGCUAUUUUACUACAAUAUUUUAUAUAUUUUCAACAUUGUUUUAAAGGAAUACAAAAUCAGUUUAUAUUUUGCCAUGCCUGACAUGGAACGUGAUUUAAAGCAGAUUUAACAACAUGAUCAUGAAUGAUGAUAAGGGUUCUAUGGGAAAGGGUAACGAUGUUGUAAAUUACUUUAAACGGAAGAUAGUUUCUUUGUGUUCUGUUGGGAACAACAAGUCAACAUGUUCAAUGAUUAAAGAUACCUGUUUAGGAUUUGUAAUUGUUCAUAAAGCAUAAUGUUAAUAAACAACUCAGUCGAUCAACUGAA